CUCUUUCAACUUAGUGCUGAAAUGAAAAGUUUAGGAAAGGAAAAAAAACUAUUCGAUUUUAUUCCGUAAUUAGGAUAAUACGACAUGAACAACAAGUGGAAUAUGGAUGGAAUAACUGAAAUGGAGUAACAUCUCUCUCACCGUCUGUCUUUCGUCAACCAUUUUCAGGGGGCUGGAGGGGACAGGGACAGGGGCCAUGGCCGAGGCAGAGGAGGCCCUGGGACAGGAGGACUGGAAGGAGAAGUGUUUCGUCCUGGAAGCCCUCCUCAUGAAGUUCCGGGUGCAGAUCAUCAAGAUCAGAGAGCUAACGGCAGACAAGAUUCAGCAGCUGGAGACGCAGGUGAUAGAGGCAGAGAAAUGUGCCUUCAAAGCUCACCAGCAGGUGCAGUGGAUGGAGGAGAAAGUGAAGGCCCCAGACGGUCAGUCAGGUGACUCUGAGGUGCGGUUGUUCAAACGCUGUCAGGACCUACAGUCUCUCCUACAGGAGAAGGAUAAUGUCAUCACCCUGCUGGAGACACAACUGGAGGAGCAGAAACAGAUCCGAGCCCAGGAUGCUAAGACUGUGGAGGAGAAAGCAGCCAAGAUCAAAGAGUGGGUGAUGCUGAAGCUGUGUGAGUUUGAGGUGGAGAAUGCUGCUCUGAGAGAGACCAACAUUCAGCAGGAGGCUCAGAUCCAGGAGUUACAGAAACAGAUGCAGGCCCUGGAGCAAAAGCGAGGAGGUGGUGUCCAGUCCAAGCCCGGGGAAGCCCAGCGUCUCAGCAGCUUGACGUUUGGCUGUUUCCAGGUACGAGGGAAGAACCCCCAGGUCCUAACAGGCCCCGAGCCCGCCCAGAGGACCCUCAGAACCCAGCUCGAGGCCGAAGGGGGGAACAACACUGAUAACACCAAUACAGAGACAUCAGUCUCCUCCGGGGCAGAGAGUGGAGGCCACAGACCAGCGGACGCUACCUCAGAGGAGGAGACUGAGAGUGUGUGUGAGAGCACAGGAGGGCCAGAGUCUCGUUGUGUGUCCUCUGUGCUCUCCAUUGCUGCUUUGGAGGGCGAGGGUGGAGGUUUGUGUGAAGGGGAGGGGUGUCCGCUGAAGUACAGCCGUCCCGGCAGCGAGACCUACCUCACAGCGUCUGAUGACAGCAGCUCUCUGUUCGAUGAUGACAUGGAGCGUACCAAGCUCCCCCACUUCCACCUGCCGGGGUCCGGGGAGGGGGGGCUGACGGAGAAGGAGGGGGUCAGGGAGAGGAAACUUGAGGAUUGCUCCUCGGACGAACUCAACAAACGCUUCCAGUCCCAGAGACUAGACUCCUCGUCCUCCUCCAGUGACCCCUCCAACACCCCUAGCCCCAUCCUCACCCCCAAGCGCCCCACCUCCACCCAGGACUCCAGAGACCCCCCCGCCUCUCCCAAGCAGCCCCGCCUGCGGACGCCCGCUGGGUUUGGCGUGAUGAGCGUGGCCCUGGCCAAGAGACACCUGAGCCAGCCGCCAAUCAGCACGGAGGCGGCUCAUGGACGGACGCGCAACGCCAUCAGCAUGCUCCGCCCCCUUAGGCCCCAAGAGACCGACCUGGAUCAGGAACAGGAGGUCGGCAUGGAGACGGGUAGAGACACGCCCCCUCAGCCAGCCACCAAGCCAACCUUGCGCACCUCACCAGCCUCACUCGCCACGGACAAAGACGAGCCCCCAGAGAGCCCAGACCUCCCUGCCACGGUGCCAGGGAGCAAGCCACCGACACCCCCUCUACACAGGUUCCCCUCCUGGGAAAGCCGGAUAUAUGCAGUGGCUAAGUCUGGCAUCAGGCUGUCAGAGACCUCAUGUACAGACCAGGCAAGCAAAGACCCCUCCCUCCAGUCCUCGUACCCUGCUUUUGUGCUUUACACAUCCCUCAUCUAUAAGAACAUGACCACGCCUGUUUACACUACACUGAAGGGGAAAGCCACUCUGCUGAGCAGUAGUCCGUUCUCAGAAGAGUCGUCCAGCUCAGAGGAGUCGUCCAGCUCAGAGGAGUCGUCCAGCUCAGAAGAAGAGGAAGGAUCUAAAUGUAGCUCACACACCUCUAGAUCCGGCUCCCGCAAAAACAGCAACCCCGGCAGCCCCCGCUCCCUCAAGAGAGCUGUGUCCAUGUCGUCCAUGACAUCAGAGAGUGACUAUGCCAUUCCUCCUGAUGCCUACUCUACUGACACAGAGUGUUCUGAGCCAGAGCAGAAACUCCCAAAGACCUGCUCCAGCACCCGCGACAACGGCAAGAAUGAGCCCAUGGAGAAGUCAGGGUACCUCCUGAAGAUGGUGAAAACGUGGAAGAAGACUUGGAAGAGACGCUGGUUUGUCCUCAAAGAUGGAGAGCUGCUCUAUUACAAGUCACCGAGUGAUGUCAUCCGGAGACCACAGGGUCAGAUUGAGGUCAACACCACCAGUAGUAUCGCCCGCGGCGACGGGAAGCAAGUGCUCCAGAUUGUUACAGGGAAGAGAGUAUACUAUCUGAAGGCAGACUCUCCCAACCUGCUAGAGGAGUGGCUGAGGGUUCUACAGAGUGUUCUGAGGGUCAAAACAGCCAGCCCACUGUUCGCUCAACCUGAGAUACGACCCGGGAUGAAGGGCCAUCUCAUCAAGGUGAAACAUGGCUACUCCAAGCGGGUGUGGUGUGCCCUCAUCGGUAAAACACUCUACUACUUCCGCAGUCAGGAUGACAAGUUCCCCCUAGGUCAGAUCAAGCUGUGGGAGGCUCGGGUGGAGGAGGUGGACAGGUCACGUGACUCGGAUGAGGAGCUGAAGUCAUGCGGGAGGGGCUUACAGGCCACGCCCCACACCAUAGCUGUCCAUCCCCAGGAGCAGGGCCCCACCUACCUGCUCAUUGAAUCCCGACAUGAGAAGGAGGCUUGGCUGUAUCACCUGUCGGUGGCAGCGGGCAACACGGUGGGCAAGGUUGGCACAGAGUUUGAGCAGUUGGUGGGCCAACUGCUCAAUGUGGAGGGAGAACCAAACUCUCAGAUAUGGAGAAACCCCAUGCUGUGUUUCAGUAAAGAGGGUCUGUCAUCUCCACUCACCACCCUGCCCUCUCAGGCCCUGCAGACUGAGGCCAUCAAGCUCUUUAAGACAUGCCAGCUCUUCAUCAACGUGGCAAUCGAUGCUCCAGCCAUUGACUACCACGUGUCCCUGGCCCAGAGUGCGUUGCAGGUGUGCCUGACCCACCCAGAGCUACAAAACGAGUUAUUUUGUCAGCUCAUCAAACAGACACGCAAGAGACAGCCCCAAGGGCAGCCCUGGCCCUUGCAGGGAUGGCAGUUCCUGGCUCUGUGUGUGGGUCUCUUUCUGCCCCAGCACCCCUUCCUUUGGCUGCUGCAGGUACACCUUAAGAAGCAUGGAGACUCAAGAACAGAGGUGGGUAAAUACGCCAUCUACUGUCAGAGGUCGGUAGAGAGGACCCAGCAAAAGGGUGAGCGUCAGGCCCGGGCGUCCCGUAUGGAGAUCCUGUCUAUCCUUCUCAGGAACCCAUACCACCACUCACUGCCCUUCAGUGUACCUGUUCACUUCCUCAACAACACAUACCAGGUAGUGGGCUUUGAUGCCUCUACCACAGUGGAGGAGUUUCAGUGCAGACUGAACCAGGACACAGGCAUGAGGAAAACUGGUCAAUCAGGCUUCAGCCUCUACACGGACGACCCUACUGGACGAGAGCUGGAGCACUGUCUACAGGGGGGCAUCAAGAUCUGUGACAUCAUCUCCAAAUGGGAGCAGGCCUCCAAGGAGCAGCACACGGGCAAGUCUGAGAACACCAGAACUUUCCGGCUCACCUACAAGAACAGGCUGUACUUCUCUCCUCAGGUGCGAGGUGAGUCAGAGAGAGAGAGGCUGCUCCUGGCCUAUCAGACGAACGAGGCCAUCAUAGCAGGACACUUCCCUGUCAACAAGGAGCUGGCUCUUGAGAUGUCUGCCCUGCUAGCCCAGGUGGAGUUUGGAGAUUUUGAGCGUCCGUUCUCCACCCCAGCCAGCCCCAACUCAGCCCAGACCAAGUCUAACCAGACCCUGAAACAGGUACUGGAGAGGUUCUACCCAAAACACUACCGCAGGACAUCCACUGAGGAACAACUCAGGCAACUGCGCCAGCGUCUGUCCACCCGAUGGGCAUCACUCAGGGGUCGAAGUUCAUCCGAGUGUGUACGCAUCUACCUGACUGUGGCCAGGAAGUGGCCCUUCUUCGGGGCCAAGCUGUUUGAAGCGGAGUCCAUCACGCCCUCUCCAGAGCAGGGUGCCCGCCUGUGGCUGGCAGUGCACGAGGAUGGCAUCAGCGUGCUGGAGCACAACUCCAUUAAACUGCUGGUGUCCCACCCUUAUAAGAGCCUGGUGACGUUUGGAGGCUGCAGGCAGGACUUUAUGCUGGUGGUAGGCCAGAGCAUUGGCAGUAAUGCUACCAAAGACAAGCCCACAGAUAAACACCUGUUCACUAUGGCCACCUCCAAGAUCAGGGAGAUUACCCUUCUCAUCUCCAGCUACAUCAACAGUGCCCAUCAACAGAAAGCCGCCACCCACCACCUCUCUGCCCCUGCCUUACUGGUGGCUCAGCCUGUCAAUCUCAAGAGCAAAGAGCUAAGGAGUAAAUCACCACCAGCAGCGGGCAGACCUAGCAAGGCACCUACUCUCCUGUGAUCGCCCUUCUAUAAGCUGCAAGUACAGCUACAUACAUUUACUGUAUAUCAGGCCAGGGGAUCAGCAGAGUACAUGGAAUCAGGGUUGUGUUAAGUAGGUACGAAAUGGAGUGAAACAGGGAGGUACGAUCUUAACCUGUCCAAUAAGAAACAACCAUUUUCUUUUCCCAUUUUGAACUGUAUGUUACUUGUUUCUUAUGCGCGUUGUCCUGUUCAUGCUGUAUGUCAUUCCCAAAUACUAGCUUAUACUGUAUGUUUUAGGUAUUUAUUUUGAUAUGCCAUACAUUUAUAUAAAUGUAGAAUGCAUCUUUCAAUUGUCAUUAUUGUACAAAUAUUUAAAUAAACGCCAUUGGCAAACUGA